CCCAGCAGUUGGAGCGGCAGUGAGAGUCCUGCCGAAAACAUGGAAAGGAUGAGUGACUCUGCAGAUAAGCCAAUUGACAAUGAUGCAGAAGGGGUCUGGAGCCCCGACAUUGAGCAGAGCUUUCAGGAGGCCCUGGCUAUCUAUCCGCCGUGUGGGAGGAGGAAAAUCAUCUUAUCAGACGAAGGCAAGAUGUAUGGUAGGAAUGAAUUAAUAGCCAGAUACAUCAAACUCAGGACAGGGAAGACGAGGACCAGAAAGCAGGUGUCUAGUCACAUUCAGGUUCUUGCCAGAAGGAAAUCUCGUGAUUUUCAUUCCAAGCUAAAGGAUCAGACCGCAAAGGAUAAGGCCUUGCAGCACAUGGCGGCCAUGUCCUCAGCCCAGAUCGUCUCGGCCACUGCCAUCCACAACAAGCUGGGGCUGCCUGGGAUUCCACGCCCGACCUUCCCGGGGGCACCAGGGUUCUGGCCAGGAAUGAUACAAACAGGGCAGCCAGGAUCCUCGCAAGACGUCAAGCCCUUCGUGCAGCAGGCCUACCCCAUCCAGCCAGCGGUCACGGCCCCCAUUCCAGGGUUUGAACCUGCAUCAGCCCCAGCUCCCUCAGUCCCUGCCUGGCAAGGCCGCUCCAUUGGUACAACCAAGCUUCGCCUGGUGGAAUUUUCAGCUUUUCUUGAACAGCAGAGAGACCCAGACUCGUACAACAAACACCUCUUCGUGCACAUUGGGCAUGCCAACCAUUCUUACAGUGACCCAUUGCUUGAAUCAGUGGACAUUCGUCAGAUUUAUGACAAAUUUCCUGAAAAAAAAGGUGGCUUAAAGGAACUGUUUGGAAAGGGCCCUCAAAAUGCCUUCUUCCUCGUAAAAUUCUGGGCUGAUUUAAACUGCAAUAUUCAAGACGAUGCUGGGGCUUUUUAUGGUGUAACCAGUCAGUACGAGAGUUCUGAAAAUAUGACAGUCACCUGUUCCACCAAAGUUUGCUCCUUUGGGAAGCAAGUAGUAGAAAAAGUAGAGACGGAGUAUGCAAGGUUUGAGAAUGGCCGAUUUGUAUACCGAAUAAACCGUUCCCCAAUGUGUGAAUAUAUGAUCAACUUCAUCCACAAGCUCAAACACUUACCAGAGAAAUAUAUGAUGAACAGUGUUUUGGAAAACUUCACAAUUUUAUUGGUGGUAACAAACAGGGAUACACAAGAAACCCUCCUCUGCAUGGCCUGUGUAUUUGAAGUUUCAAAUAGUGAACACGGAGCACAGCAUCAUAUUUACAGGCUUGUGAAAGACUGAACAUGGUUAUUUAUAUAUAUAGAUAUCUGUAUAUACACACACACAUAUGUGCACACACACACUCUCUCUCCAUUAUCGAGCGACUGACUGUAAACCUCACCACACAGGGUGGUGCCCUGGCCCCGAGGUCACCCCAACUUUUCUAAAUCCUGUUUGAGUGAAGUCAUUUUUUCAUGUGUUCAUACGAUCAUUGUAGCUGUGAAGUUCUGGUACAGUUGUAAAAAGAGAAAUUGAGUUGUUUCUGUGUGUUCUUCAGAUCUGCAGCCCACAAUUCCUCGGGAAAGGUGAACCUUAACAACCCCAGUCUCUCUCUGUGGAGCCCUGUUUCUCAUUGUGUUAGAAAAUACUGAGACAGAGCAUUUGCCAUGGGACAUUUACAGCCUUUAUACAAAUGUGUUUAGUUCUCUUUUUUCCAACAUAAAACUCUUGUUUUAAGAUACAAGUAAAAUUAAUCUUUAAAUAUAAAUGUAAAUUAGUACACAAAACUAAGAAUCUUAGACUUAUCUUUGUAACUAAUUAGGGUGGAAGUUAUGAAAGAAUGUAAUUCACUAAAUUAUUUUUUAAAUGAAACCUUUCUUUCUUUUUGAAACCAAAUGUAAAACUAUAGCCUUAAGAAAUGCUUGGUAGAAAUCUCCUAAUGAGACAAAUUUGUACUUUUUUCCUCAAGGUUAAAACUAAUCUCCUAAUCCAGUAAACUCUUGAACAGGUAUUACAAAGGAAGAAAACUUCACCCUUACCCUUAACAUAUAUAGUAUAUUUAAAAAUAUAAAAUUGUAUUGUACUAAUGUGAUGAUUGAUUAU